UGACUUCCUGACAGUAUGUUGUCCUCUCUCCCUCCAGUCUCUAUGGAUGAGUUGGCCAGCCAGUCUGACUUCCUGACAGUGUGUUGUGCUCUGACACCAGAGACUAAAGACAUCUGUAACAAGGACCUGUUCUCUAAGAUGAAGAAUACCUCCAUUUUCAUCAACACCAGCAGGGGAGGGGUGGUACACCAGGAGGAUCUGUAUGAAGCCCUGUCCAGCGGUCAGAUAGCUGGAGCCGGACUAGAUGUCACCGUCCCUGAACCCCUGCCCACCAGCCACCCACUCUUCACCCUUAACAACUGUGUGAUCCUCCCCCACAUUGCCAGUGCGUCCUACGUCACACGUAAUGCCAUGUCUGCCCUGGCAGCCAACAACCUGCUACUGGGUCUGAAGGGACAGCCAAUGAUCAAAGAGCUCAAGCUGUAGCUGCCAAUCACCUGCUUUCGGGAACACAAGAGAAGAACCAAUCACUUGCUUUCGGAACACCAGAAGAGAACCAAUCACCUGCUUUCGGAACGCCAGAAGAGAACCAAUCACCUGCUUUCGGAACGCCAGAAGAGAACCAAUCACCUGCUUUCGGAACGCCAGAGGAGAACCAAUCACCUGCUUUCGGAACGCCAGAGGAGAACCAAUGAACCAACAGUUCUUACCAGAACUGUAAAUGAUGUAGUUGACUCUGGUCAAGAGAUGAGUAGAUUAUAGAGAAUAGUGGUGGCUGUCGUCAUCGACCAGCAACACUUCAACUCAACAUGGCACCGUAGCAGUCAGCACUUCCUCAUUUCAGAUGUUUUUAUCAUUUAGUUUCAUAAUAAUAAUGAUGACGAAGGACAACAAUAAACAUGGAACUUUUCUCCUCUUUUAAUUCA